AUGGUACGUCAAGCUGAGAGUAAUGGGUUCAGGGCAAUAAUUCUCACUACUGAUACUCCUGCGCUUGGUAGAAGGAAGGCUGAUAUAACAAAUAAGAUGAUCGCACCUCAAUUGAGGAACUUUGAAGGUCUUCUAUCAACUAAAUUUGUCUCUGAAAAAGCUUGCGCUGCAGAAACUCUUGAUCGUUCGUUUUUCUGGAAGGAAAUAGCAUGGUUAAAGUCAGUUACCAAGUUGCCAAUCCUGAUAAAAGGCAUUCUCACUAGUGAAGAUGCAAUGAAAGCAAUUGAAACAGGAGUUGCAGGAAUUAUCGUCUCUAACCAUGGAGCUCGGCAGCUGGAUUACACUCCAGCUACUAUUUCUGUUCUUGAAGAGGUGGUCCAUGUAGUUCAAGGUAAAGUUCCAGUUCUUAUUGAGGGAGGAAUUAGACGAGGAACAGACAUAUUCAAGGCUCUAGCACUAGGCGCAAAAGCUGUUCUGAUUGGUCGACCGGUUAUCUAUGGCCUGGCCGCUAAGGGAGAAUCUGGGGUAAAACAAGUUAUUGAAAUGCUCAAGAAUGAAUUGGAACAGACUAUGGCUCUUGCUGGCUGCUGCACUGUGGCUGACAUUACCAGAAAUUAUGUCAAGACAGAGAAAGAAAGGUUCCUAGGUAGGAUGUAGUCUAAUCAUCUGUUCCUUUCCAAAUGA